GCAAUAUUGGAUAAGAAGAAUAGAGUUCUUGAACCAAAGAAAGUUCUGCGCUUUCUUCAAAGAAAGGCUCUACCUCAACCUCGGCUUCCAACUCCAACCUUGGAAAUGAGUUCCAGUGAAGAAGAAGAUAUAGAGAUGGCUGUGAUCUACCUUCAAAAGUUACUCCGGGGAAGAGUCGUUCAGAACACGAUGUUUGAAGGGAAGGAGAAGCGACUGGAGUUGAUCCAGGAGCUGCGCACCAGCCACGCACUGCAAGAGGACGACAGGCUGCUGAAGAAAGCCGAGAAGCAGGUGACACUGGCCUUACAGCGGCAGAGGAACUUGCACGAGCACAAGGUCUCAGUGGUUGAAAACCACUUGGCUGGACUGGAAGGAAGGGUGCUGGCGGACAUGUUUGACUUCCUGUCUAAAGAGCUUGUGAGACUGCAGGAAGAGAGGAGGAUCCAUGCUUUUGCCAUGCUGGCCGAGCGGCAGCGGAGGAUGCGAGAAGCUGAAGAGAGUGGUCGGCGCCAAGUCGAGCAAAGGCGCCUGCGGGAGGAGGACCAGAUAUUUAAGGAGGUGAUUAAAGUUCACCAAAGCACUGUAACUUCCUAUCUGGAAGACAUAAUACUGAAUACCGAAGAGAGCACGGCAGAAGAACAAGCCAGGGCAGAAAUUGAGAAGAUGGCUGAGGAAAUCAAUGACAUUGCUUAUGAAAUGGAGAUUCGUCGAACUCAGCUUCAGUCAGAGGAGAUUGUUGCUGAGUUAGUUUAUAGUUUCCUGAUCCCAGAGGUACAAAAGGACUUUGUCAAAGAAAAAGAGCUUGUCAAGUUCUCUUCAUGCUGUCUGACUCCAGAAUAUAAUCACCUCGAGUAUAGAUGGGGUGCAGUUCUAGUAAGUGUGACAGAGUAUCAAAAGCCAAACCUUCAAGAGGAAGUUCCCCAAAGAGGUGUAUUUUGUGAUUUUUUUUUUUUUAAGACAUAAAGCAAAUGUUGACAAUAUGCAGAAUUUUCAAACUGUACUAGCCUUUUGGAGGUGGGACACAUACAAAGUGGGUGUUGGAAAGUUGAGUUGCUUGA